UUGCGCUUGCAGCCAGAGGGAGAGAGAGAGAGAGAGGGGACACCGAUGCUCUGAGCCAUUAAGGAUUGGACAACCUCCUCAAGCUCUUCCCUGUCUCUUGCUCUGCUCGUAUCCUCCAAAAAAUGCACAAGCGUACACACAUCCUUGACAGGUGAAGAAGAAGAAGAAGGAGAAGGAGAAGAAGAAGGAGCAGAAAUCGUCAGCAGAUCAGGAAGGUCUCUUUUACGCAAAGCAAUGUCUGUCGCUCCCGCACUCCAAUGCUCUCUGCUCUGCACUCUUCUUUUCUCUGUCCUGGGAGCUCUGGGCUGAAGAGCGAGGUCGUGGCGAUGGCGAGUGAGGAAGCGCUGUUCGUGAUGAUUCGCGGGUGAACUUCCCGAGCAACCACGGAUUCGAAUCCAGAAAAAAGGAAAAAAUCGUGCAUUGCGACGUCGUUUAUCUGAAGAUCUCGCAGAGUGGCUUCUGGUCCCACUCUGUAAUCCUUUGGGCUGACCAGAACGACAUGAUCUUCGGAGAACUUCGAAAUUUUUCGCAGUAAAGACGCAAAAGAAGGGGGUUUGAAGCUUCGAUUCGGCUUUGCAUGCGGUGAAUUGGGAUCGGAAUUGCUGUCUCUGAGUGUGGAUUUCGAUCUAUCCACACAAGUAUUGGCACCUUCUCGACUUCUUUUAGCGGAAGAGUUUAACGAGCACAUCAAAUCGGAGAUCCUAUGGUGGGCUUGUAGAAUUCUUGGGUCGUGUCCAACUGAGUCAAUUCUUCGUACUGAGUAGUCAACAUGGCUUCUUGGGAACAUUUCGGAGAGCUUGCGAAUGUGGCCCAGCUCACCGGCCUCGACGCCGUCCGGCUGAUCGGGAUGAUCGUGAAGGCCGCCAACACCGCGCGGAUGCACAAGAAGAAUUGCAGGCAGUUUGCUCAGCAUCUGAAGCUGAUCGGCAACUUGCUGGAGCAGCUCAAGAUCUCCGAGCUCAAGAAGUACCCGGAGACGAGGGAGCCUCUGGAGCAGCUGGAGGACGCGCUGCGGAGAUCUUACAUCUUGGUCAACAGUUGCCAGGACAGGAGUUACCUCUAUCUGUUGGCCAUGGGGUGGAACAUCGUGUAUCAGUUCAGGAGGGCUCAGAACGAGAUCGACCGGUACUUGAAGCUCGUUCCCCUCAUUACUCUUGUGGACAAUGCUCGAGUUCGGGAAAGGUUGGAAGUUAUUGAGCUGGAUCAACGAGAAUACACAUUGGACGAUGAGGAUCAGAAGGUGCAAAGUGUAAUCUUAACGCAUGAACCUUCGAGAAAUGAAACCAUGAUGUUGAAGAAAACUCUGUCCUGUUCCUAUCCAAACCUUUGUUUCAAUGAGGCUCUGAAGAAGGAGAACGAGAAGCUUCAACUGGAACUUCAACGGUCACAUGCAAAUUUGGAUUUGAGUCAGUGUGAAGUAAUCCAGCGCUUACUUGAAGUCACAGAAACUGUUGCCUCAAAUUCACUCCUUGAUGAUGGUUCACCUGUCAAAGAAUCCAAGAAAAAGGAGAACAGUACCUCUGAUGCUGAUAGUGAUAGAGAACAUUCUGCUGGUGAAACAUAUCCUAAGAAAAGUUCUACGAGCAAAACUUCGAGAAAUACAUCAUCAGUCUCCUUGGACCAUGAUCUGAUCCCAUCUAAAGGUUCAUAUGGGCAUUAUGAAUGGCACACUGAUUUACUGGGCUGUUGCUCAGAGCCACUUCUAUGCAUUAAAACAUUCUUCUGCCCUUGCGACACAUUUUCAAAGAUUGCUACUGUGGCAACUAAGAGACAUAUGAGUCCUGGAGAAGCAUGCAAUGAUCUUUUGGCAUAUUCACUCAUACUGUCGUGCUGUUGCUACACAUGCUGCGUUCGAAGGAAACUCCGCAAGAUGCUGAACAUAAGGGUAAUUGGAGGUUGGUUUGACGAUUUCCUCUCCCAUUUGAUGUGCUGCUGCUGUGCCCUCGUCCAAGAAUGGAGAGAAGUGGAGGUCCGAGGUCUCUGCGGUCCUGAGAAGAUGAGAACAAGCCCUCCUCCCUCGCAAUACAUGGAAUCUUAAAAGCGCCGCCGCUCGCGAGCAAAAGGGCGUCCGCCGGACAUGGAUCGGAUGCCUCGGGGGGGAAACAUCGACAUAGAGGGCGGCAUCUAGUCACCUCCAGGAACUUCUCGGGGUGGCAACAUGUACACAUUUGUAAAGCAAGUUCCUUUCAAAAUCUCUCUCGAAACUCGAUAGCUGGUGUAUCAUAGAACAGUCCCCGGCGCCGGCCGGCCUGCCGUGUUGUUAAUUCGGUUUUCGCUGUCUGUUCAUACCCAAAAGUUUGUGACCCCAGUGGGGUGAUUGAGAUCCUUCAAUUUAUGUUCUUGUGUUCUUCUGGAUCAA